AAGCUGUCCUUCAUCUACUUCUGGAAGCAUUCUGCCUCACAUCACACUCACCACUUUUUCACUCCCUGACCCACUAACUUACUCACUCACUCACUCACUCACUCACUCACUCACUCACUCAUUCACUCACUCUAUCAUUCCCAAUUUUAUCUUUACUCAUUCUCUUCCCACACACAUAUACAUCUUUGCUUUUACACUUAUUGCUUUCUCCAUUGCUCAAUAUAAAAGAAAAAAAUAUACAUUUUAGAUGGCACCCCAACAUGUCACAACGAUCCUUUUAGCAGAGUUCGACAUUGACCAAGGUUCAGUCUUGACUCAUCAAUAUCCAAACGACAUCACCUCGGAUAACCAUGUUUUAGCAGAGCUGAUGUUGCCCGAUGGUGCACAUUUGAGACCCGCUGACUGGACCAUUUUUUUUCUAAACCGAGCAAAACCUGCUCCUUGGAAUGGCAACAAAACUCUAACUGAUGAUGAUACGGUUGAAAACCCUCUCCUCUAUGUUCUGAAUUUAGUCCGCACCAACCAUGAUGCCUCUAUUCGAAGAGGUGCUGCUGUCAAAGCCAUGGCGAUUUGUACAACUCAUCAAUACUUGCAUGUGUACAAGCCUGUACUAUUACUUGCACUCGAGAACUACUUCAAGGACCCAUCAAUUGAGGUUUUGAAGGCCCUUUACGAGUCAGUUAAUUCAAUGGAACUUUCGCCCCCUGACCUCUCUCCAUAUGAACGCAUGAUCCUUCGGUCAUCAGAUAACAAAGAGCUAUUUAUUGAAAAAUUCGAGGCCGCACAUUCUGUAAGCGCAGGAGGCGAGGAGGCAUCUACCAAUAGAGCCGAUAUGGCGAAUGGUCUUGGAAUAGUUGUUGGACAAACGCCUUUGAAGGGUAACAGAGACGGAGUUGUAACUUCAACUUCAGUGCCUGCAGCACCAGCUCCUGGGAUGACAAGAAAUCGCGACUGUCAGUUUUAUGAAACAAAAGUAGUUUACGAUGGAAUCAAAAUCCCUAUUCGAGUGCCGCUCAGUAUCAACUCAGAGGAAGUUGGAGAGUUUUCGCUGAUUAAGCUCAUAACAACAUUCAGUCCAGCCAAUCCAUCGCCUAACCCACAUCCCUUUCAUGCACAUCUGGACUCGAAUGGCCCUAAUACACACCCGAUCAUGCUACUCAUGAAUGCGCUCUUGACUGAGAAGAGAAUCAUUUUUUUGGGAAAUGGACACCCGGCGGGAGAUGUAGCCAACUUUGUACUAGCGGCAUGUGCCCUUGGUAGUGGAUCAGGCGGAGUCCUUAGAGGAUUCCCAGAACGCGCAUAUCCGUAUACGAACUUGGCAGGCAUUGACCAUCUGUUGACAUGCAAGGGGUUCAUUGCUGGUGUGACAAACCAGCUUUUCGAGGAUAGAACUGCCUGGUGGGAUGUACUCUGCAACAUCGAUACAGGCAAGAUCACAGUAAGCAAAGAUAUUACACCGAUGCCAUCAUCACAUGGAGGGCAUUACGAUGAUGUACGAAGCAUUCCGCUAUUUACUGGCACCCCUGGGAGUCAAUUCAACAGCAAAUAUGACAACGGAGAUAACGAUUUUAUGAACGAUAUAUUGAAUUCCAUUCAAGCACAUUACGGAGAGAUGGUUAUCCGAGCGAAAUUUCAGGAUUAUGUUGCGCGGUUCGUUCAACUUGCCUCACAAUACGAAGAGGCCACCUAUGGCCAAACAACUAUUGGGCUCAACCGUACCAACACACCUGAGUCUAUUAAGUAUCUGGGCACAGGUCUUGUAUUUAUAGAUGAAGCCUCGCGUGCACGAGAAAUAGCUGCAAAUUCGAGCAGAAUUGAGGGCUGGCGGUCAACUACAAGCUACAAGUACUUACAGGAAGAUCACAAGACUUGGUUGGCUUCACGAUCGAUUCGAUGCAUGGACGUGAAGCGUAUCAUCUCCUUGCUGAAGUUGCCGAAGACGUUAUCGCCCCAGGAUGUCUCUACUCUCUUCAAGGGAUUUUUACAAAAUAUUUCGACUGAUGAACAGAUCAUUGAGUUCCUAUCAAGUCUUCCAUUGUCGCAGGGCGGAUUAUUUUGCAUUGCUUAUGGGCUCUUCCAUCCCUUGGCUAGUGUUCGCAAUGAUACGGUCGCCUUCUUGAACAGACUGAAUCAGCAUCCCACCGGACGUGUCUAUAUCAAAUCGCUUAAUCGAUUUGAGCGUAAUACAUAUGAGCGACUGGCGCGAGAACAUGCGCUUCAAGAAGAGAACUCUAUUAAGCAACAUCAUUAUGCUCGAUUUUCAGCCUCUGCAGGAUCCAUCAGUUCUGCAUAAUUAUUAUUAGUGAUAUUGUUUUUCCAUGUGGCCUUGGUGAGAUGUGAAAUUUUAAUAGCAUGUAAUGUAUUACUUUAAAUCUAAUUCAUAACAUCGAAUUGAAUUUCUACAGUCUGGUCCAUGCCCAGAUAGCCAUCACUGUAAAGGUGAAUUUUCCACGCAUGUCUUCCUGCUCUUUUUGGUGCAACGAAUUCUAGUUUCGUCGUGACCUUAUUAAUAAAUUCUCCUUGGGGUCCUGUGCGCAUAUUAACGCGCUUCAAUGCCACGAGCUCCUGGGUAUCUGGAUCUUCCAGGACCACCCACCAUGACUCCCAUUGUGGUUUAGGGAAUUUAGGGCAAUAUACACGACCAUCAUAUGUGACGCCAGGGCGUUUUACUCUGUUGAGCUCCAAAUUGACCUUGUAGGUGAGAUCUCCAACUAAGAAGGACUUGAUGCCUGUAUCAAUGC